UUCUAACCCUUUUAACCCAUGGGCGAAAGUAUCAAGGAAUCAUUGUAAAUGGGGAUAAAUAUCCGAGAGAUUGGAGAGACGGUUGACCUUCACGAUUGCAUUCUUUCUCCCUUUCCAAGGGAAGCCGACGAUGGAGAAGAAAAGGGGGGCCACGAAAGGAGAAGGAGAAGGAGAAGGAAAAGACGAGCCAUGGCAGUCGAAGCCCAGAAACUUCCUCAAGCGUCUGGCCGCCAGCGAAGGCUUGCCGGAGGGUUGCCAGGACAGGCAGUCGCUUCCCGACCUAAUCAAGGGCAUCCUGAAAGUUGAGCGCGUCGAAUCCGGCAGAGUCUCCUGCAGUUUCCCCGUGGAGCCGACGAUUAAUCGUUACCGGACACUGCACGGUGGGGCUGUCGCCACGGUCACCGGCAUGUUGGCGGCCGCCUGCGUGGAAACUGUUGCAGGAAAGCAGGAAGAAUUCUUCCUUGGAGAAACUUCCAUCUCUUAUCUUUAUGCAGCCAGACUCCAUGAUGAAGUGAAGGCUGAAGCAUGCGUUACGAAGCGGGGAAGAAGCAUUGUUUUCUGCUGCGUGGAGCUGAGGACCAAAGGCUCAGAAAAGCUUUGUUACACUGCGCGACUUACCUUCUACCCCGUGCCCGCAGCGAAAAUCUGAAAGGCAUCCCGAAGUUUUUAUUCAUCGGCUUAAAGACAUUCAAGUUGAAGCGAGUGAAGACAGGGAUCUGUAAAACCAAAGUUUGCUAGAGUUGUAUAUAAACUAGAGUCUACCACUCUUAUCAAUCUUAACUUUUUUGAAUCCAUCUCUCUCGUUAAAUAUUCACCAGGGGGAGGUCAUUGAAAAAAUAAGUAGGCAAAAUGGUUGUCGUGUUAUAUGUGGUAGCAGUUGACUCACUCUUUUUAUAUAUUAAGUUUAUUGUAAUCUAUUCUUUUCUGCAAAUAUUAGUUGAUAUCAAAGCUGGGAAAUUUUAUUUA